CGGGGCGGUCGCGGCGCUCGCUCCCCCCUGCGCGGGCCCCGGCGCGGAGCCGAUCGCGCCCAGCGCAGCCGAGCGGCGGAGUUACAUUGUUGGGAGUUUGCAACAACUCCGCGGCCUCGGCGCUGCGCGGGGCCGCCGGUGCGGGGCUGCAGCCUUCCCCGCCUCCUCCUCCUCCUUCUCCUCCUCCUCCUCCUCCUCCUCCUCCCCCCCCUUGGGCUUUUUUUUUUUUUUUCCCUCCCUUCCCCCCUCCCUCUCCCCCCCGCUCCGCUUUGAUUUCGCUCUCCUCCCCUCCGCGCGCCCUGCGUGUGUUUUUCGCCGCCGCCGCGCACCGAGCCCCUUGGCAUGAGUUAAGCACCAGCGAUGGACACCAAACACUUCCUGCCGCUGGAUUUCUCCAACCAAGUCAAUUCCACGUCCCUGAAUUCUCCCACGAGCCGGGGGCCCAUGGCCACCCCAUCCCUCCACCCGUCCAUUGGGCCUGGCAUCGGCUCCUCACUGGGCUCCCCGGGCCAGCUCCACUCGCCCAUCAGCACCCUGAGCUCGCCGAUCAAUGGCAUGGGACCUCCGUUCUCCGUCAUCAGCUCCCCCAUGGGCCCGCACUCAAUGUCCGUCCCCUCCACCCCUAGCCUGGGAUUUGGCACCAGCAGCCCACAGCUCAACUCGCCCAUGAACUCGGUCAGCAGCACAGAAGACAUUAAGCCACCCCUGGGGCUCAACGGAGUCCUCAAAGUGCCAGCACAUCCCUCAGGAACGAUGGCCUCCUUCACCAAGCACAUAUGUGCCAUCUGCGGGGACAGAUCUUCAGGUAAACAUUACGGGGUUUACAGCUGCGAGGGCUGCAAAGGCUUCUUCAAGCGCACGGUGCGGAAAGACCUCACCUACACCUGCCGCGACAACAAGGACUGCUUGAUCGACAAGCGCCAGCGCAACCGCUGCCAGUACUGCCGCUAUCAGAAGUGUCUUGCGAUGGGGAUGAAGCGAGAAGGGAUGGAGCACCAUCCAUCCCGGCGCACAGGACUUCUGGGAAGCCGAGAAGAACAAGCUGUCCAGGAGGAGAGGCAGCGAGGGAAGGACCGCAAUGAGAAUGAGGUGGAAUCAACAAGUAGCGCCAACGAGGACAUGCCUGUGGAGAAGAUCUUGGAAGCUGAACUUGCGGUGGAGCCAAAGACAGAGACAUACAUUGAAGCAAAUAUGGGCUUGACGCCGAGCUCGCCCAAUGACCCAGUGACGAACAUAUGCCAGGCAGCAGACAAACAGCUCUUCACCCUGGUGGAGUGGGCCAAGAGGAUCCCCCACUUCUCCGAGCUGCCCCUGGAUGACCAGGUCAUCUUGCUCAGAGCAGGGUGGAAUGAGCUCCUCAUCGCCUCCUUCUCCCACCGCUCCAUAGCCGUGAAAGACGGGAUCCUCUUAGCCACCGGGCUGCACGUGCACCGGAACAGCGCGCACAGCGCUGGCGUCGGGGCCAUCUUCGACAGAGUACUGACAGAACUCGUGUCAAAAAUGCGAGACAUGCAGAUGGACAAGACAGAGCUAGGCUGCCUGCGAGCCAUUGUCCUCUUCAACCCCGACUCAAAAGGUCUCUCCAACCCGGCUGAAGUGGAGGCGUUGAGGGAGAAGGUGUACGCAUCGCUAGAGGCAUACUGCAAACACAAAUACCCCGACCAGCCCGGGAGGUUCGCAAAGCUCUUGCUCCGUCUCCCGGCCCUCCGGUCCAUCGGCCUGAAAUGCCUGGAGCACCUCUUCUUCUUCAAGCUAAUAGGCGACACACCGAUCGACACCUUCUUGAUGGAAAUGCUGGAAGCGCCCCAUCAAAUGACUUAAGAGAACUGCUGCUGGGUCAGUCCCUCGCCUGGCUGGGGUCUCGCGGGGCCCCUUCCUCUGCUUUCCUCUGCCGCUGCCACCCCAGCCCAUCCCUCCCUCCUCUCCCCAGUGCUGGAGGCACCGUCUGAUCCGGGGCGACCCCCUGCCGUCCUCGCCUCCUCGUCGUCUUCACCCUUGUCCGUUUGCUGUCACUGCUGCAUCUCAAGACCUGCUCGCUGAUUCCCUGCGCUAGAUGUAGAGAAGUGGGAGCGGAGAGAGCUUGCCACCCGCCGCCCCGGCUCGCAGCCCUGCCCCGGCCCCCGCUGUGCCAUCAAUUUCGGGGUGAGCCACCAGCCGGGUUUGGCAUCACCGCGGCCGGUGGUGCUUCCCCCGGGGCAGGAGCAGGGACGGGGACAGUCCCGGCCCGUGGGGCAGUGGGGUUUGGACAAGCCGAGGGGAGUGGUUGAACUUGCUGGAUUGCAGCUGGCUAUUUUCAGAGGAUGGAGUUUUUGAAAAAGAGAAGAAAAAAAAAAAAAAAAAAGAAUUCUAUUUUUGGUUUCUAACUAUUAUUAGUAGUCUCGGUAGUUACUUCGCGGAGGGAGAGGCGGGCUGGAGAGGCAGCCCGGCCGUGCCCCACGAAUGAGUCACCCGUGGCUGCACAGAGCCUUCUCCUUUCAAUUAAAAGCAGAGGAUUUGGGAUUGAGCUGAAUCCCCCUCCAAAUAAUGAGGCAAUGGGUGGCACAGGGAGCCAGGGCACCCUCUGUGCAGAGGGUCCUGCGGGCAGCACUACCUGAAAAAUCCCUUUUUGCUGUCCCAGAGGGCAGCUGGGCGUCACUGCUCUUCCCAGAGGUGCCUCUGCGCUUGGUGUGGAGCUGCCCACACGAACACAAGCUGGCUGGAGCACUUACUUUAAGGCUGUCAGGGACUCAACAUCACCAUUCCCCAGCUCACGGGGUCUUGCUGGGACCCCUGCCCUCAGCACCGUGUCCAGCACCCUGGCACAGACCUCUCGUGAGGCUCGGUCCAGCCUGUCCGGCCAGACCUACGCUUUAUUUCAAGGGCUGUUGGCGCUGGAGCAGCAGGAGCUGGCAUGUCAGCAGUGGCUCCUUGGUUUUUUUGAUCCUGAACGUGGUUUAGUGAGGUUAGAGGGGCAUUUCCAGCUGGUGGAGUGGGCUCGACAGAAUGCCCCCUCUGUGCCCCACAUGGCAGCCCCGGGUACUGGCAGGCGUUUCCCCUGUGCGCCCUCGCCUCGCACGGGGGUUUCGGCUCACCUGGGAGGCUGCUCCUGUUGAUUCAGCAGCUACCGUGCAAAACACUGCAAGGCAACAAUUAGUGGGAGUACUUGGCCAGGCUGGUAAUUUUGGCUGUUAAUUAGUGGUGAAGCAAGAAGGGCUCCCCCUCCCCUGAAUCUCCCCCCGUCGGGCUGGGAUGCGGGGGCUGAGAGGUCCCGACUGGGUGGGGAACCCAGCCCGUCCGGGAUGCCGAGAGCACCACAAGCACCUUAGCUUUUGCAUGGUCCUUUCUAUGAGUCUUGGUGUGACAGCAGGGAGAUGGGCAGGGUUUUUUGGGGUGUUAGGGACACCCAGGAACCUGCCCACACCCCAUGGGAUGGGAUUCCCUGAGGAGUGCCUGGGGAGAGGAGGUCAGCCAGGGAGUGCUUCCCCCUCACCUCCCCAUUUCACCCUCCCCAGUGGCCCACUGAAAAAAAGUGAGUUAGAGAAAAAAAAAACAGAGCAAGCACUGAGGGAUGUUGGGGAGGGUAUUUCUCCCCCUUGGCAGGACGGACUGUCCCGAACACACCAUGGGAUGGGUACCCAGAGCCAAGAACAAGGUGCCUGCGGUUGGCCUGGGGCCAAGGGCUUCCAUGUCUUAAACGGCAAACUCUUAGGUCCCAAAGGUAUUUCUCUUCUUGCUCUCUGUGGGUCGUAGCUGGCUCUUCAAACAUCUUUGUGCCUGGAGUGGGAUAGAGCAGGGCCCAUGAGACCAUCUCUCUUUUCGAGGCGGCACAGUUGUCACCCGCCUGUUGUCAUCCCACCUGGCAGCUCGAGUCCCCGGCUCCAUCCCCUGCAGUUAACCAGGCCAUCUCAUUGCUAAAUAAAUACUCAGGAUUUCAGGUCAUAACUUUCCCUUAGGCUGGCCUGGAGUGGCAAAUCCACAGAAGCAGGGAAAGUGUUUUGGCUGUGUUUCUCCAGCAGCCUGCAUGCCGCCGAAAAUAUUAUUAAACAGCUUCACCCUGCAAGAAUUUGCCAAGAAAACUAGGCAAAGAGAAAUGAAAUAUGUAAAGGGUGCCAGUAAACACGAGCAGGCUGUUCCUUGCCAGCGUGGGGCUUGCAGGGAGGUGUUUGCUCCCAGCCAGCCGGCACGGAGUGAAACCCGCAGCCAAACCAGCCCUGGCAGCCCCCAGCCCGGCUUUUGCCGGCAGAAAGGACCCCAGAGCUCCCUUGCUGGAGAGGAUGAGGGUGCUUUGGGAAACAAUUGGUGGACAUUGCACUAGAAUAAACCCACUGUCCUUCUCCAUUGGGUGGAACCACUGUUUUCCUGACUGAUGGCUUGGAAGGGGCUGUUGGGUGCUGGGUGAUGAACUGGUGUGGCUUGCAAGGCUCUGGUCUGGCCAGCUGCAGCCCUGGGCACUGCUGGGCUGGAAAGCAGGAGCUCCCAUCCCAUCCCAUCCCAUCCCAUCCCAUCCCAUCCCAUCCCAUCCCAUCCCAUCCCAUCCCAUCCCAUCCCAUCCCAUCCCAUCCCAUCCCGUCCCAUCCUGUCCCGUCCCGUCCCGUCCCGUCCCGUCCUGUCCCGUCCCGUCCCAUCCCGUCCUGUCCCGUCCUGCCCCGUCCCAUGCCGUGGCAUCCGUCCUGUCCCACCCCACCCCAUCCCAUCCCAGUUAGCAACUGACCCAGUAACAAUGAACUGCCACAAGCCGUGGGUGUCCUCAGCCAGUGGCAUGGUGCAGGGGGGGAGGGCGCUGCGGGCCAGGGGCUCUGGGUCAGGACGUGUGUCUCCGUGCCUCAGUUUCCCUGUGGAGUAGCACACAGCCUCAACAUGUGCCCCUGGCAGAGGAGGCUUUUGGGGAAAGGCUGAGCGUUGUCCCUGGGCUUUUGGGGUUUGGCCCUUGUGUUGCUGUAACCCAGCAUCCCUGCUGCUUUCAGUAAAGCUCUUCUGAUCCCCCCGGCAGCCACGCUGGGCAUUUCAGGUUGCCAGCAGGUCCUGGGUGUGUGUGAUCAACCUGCAGAGUGCAGACCCCAGCCCACCCAGCGCCUCCCCCUCCAACAUCACCAGCCCAGCCCUCCCCAGCAGAAGGAAAAGUUUUUGUGCGUCCAGUAACAUCUGCCACAGCAGCCUUAAAGCAAUGUGCUUUUGCAUGAGUUUGAGUCUUUCAUUUGUAUUCUUUUUCACUUUGGGCUUUUUUUUUUUUUUUUUGUCCUCAUCAUAAUAAUUAUAAAUAUACUACGUGCUUGUUUGAAGAGGUGAUACAUGGUUAAGAGAAAAAAAAAAGGCACAUUAUUCACUAGAGGGGUAGGACUUUCAUUUAACCAGAUCUUAGUAGUCUUGUAAAAAUCUGGUUUGAUUAGGGUGAUCUAUUUUUUAAUAUUUUUUUCUUAAAUUCCUUUUUUGUUGGUGGGACAAUCUUUAAUUUUCUAAAGAUAGCACAAACAUCAGCUUUUCAGCCACCCACCUGCCACCCUGGAUGUUCCUCGCUGCCUUCUCACGUGUGUGCGUUUCAACCAAGCCCUAACCCCAGCGGAGCCGGAUCCAGCACCCCCGCGGGCCACCCCGUGAGGAUGCUGUGGCUUCCCGAGCAUCCAUCUGCACCGAUGGGCUGAGCACCGCUGCCGGGUGGGACCUGUGGAAUGGAGUUACGGGCAAAGGACCUUCAUCUCGCCAGCACCCAUGGCUGUAGGAAGCCCACCCCAACCCGCUGAGCUCACCGGCAGCUUCUCUGCACUUUGGGACCCGGGGGCCCCCCCGUCCUCACUGCCCACCCUUCCCCGCCUGGCCGGCUGGGCUCAGCUUCUGGUCAUGGAAGGGGCUAAGGAUGGUGGGACCGUGGCUCAAGAGCUGAUGCUGUCCCCAUCAGUGACGAGCGUGCAUGAUCUGGUUUAAGUUGAUACAUAUGUGCGUGUGUAUACAUGUAUGUACUGUAGAUAUAUACACUGUAUAAAUAUCCUCACUCACAUAUACAUAUAUUAUAACUGUAGCAAGUACAGACUUUUUGUGGGUUUUUUUUGUUUUAAGUCAAUUCUGUUUUCCAAUUUUUUUCUUGGUUGUUUUUUUGGUUUUUUUUUUUUUUUUUUUUGCUUCAUGUAAGCAAGUACAUUGUAUCUGAAGCCCUUUCCUAAUUGGCAGAUGCCAAAUCUGGAUCUUUAUUCCGCGAGACAAAGGAACUGCAUCUAUUUUAAGAUGCCUUUUGUUUUGUUUUUUGGUUGUUUUUUUUGUUGUUGUUGUUUUUCUUUGGAGCAGCAGGUGGUUUUGAGUAAAAAUAGCUUUAGCAAUUCCCAAUACUUAGUGAUGGAUGCCUUGGCUAUGGGAUGCAUAGAUAAAAAAUAAAAUACAUUAAAAUUUAGAAUGACAAAAAAAAAGAUAAGGAAAAAUAUCUAAAGCAUCAAUAAAGUUAAAAUCUAUUUUUGUACAAAUGUAAUUUUAUCCCUUACGUAUUCUUGGAUAUUUUCUUUCUGGAUUGUUUUGUUUCUUCUACAGAGAUUGUUAUAAACUCUCUUAUUUUCUCUCUCUCUCUUUUUCUCUCUAUAAGUGUUCAGCCACAGGGAUAGGGAUCUGGAGAAGAGGGAGAAACUUUUGACCGUGUUUUAAAGGCUUUAUAUGAAAUCUCUUUUGAAGUAAUUUUUUUGAAUGAACUUUUUAUUUUUUCCCCCACUUCCAAAAUCUUUUUUGGGGGGUAGUGGGGUGGUGGGUGGGGAAGGGUGGGCUGGACUGGGGGUGUCUUUUGUCACGUAUAUCUGGCGUUCCCGCAGGUCUGUUUUACUGUGAAAUCACUACCGUAUAUAAUUAUUCACUUUAAAAAAAGAAAAAAAAAAAAAGAAAAAAAAAAGAA